GCGAUACUCGCAUUCCGAGUCAGUGCCGCGCGCUCCACGCAAAAUGGCGGACGUUCUAACAUCAGAGCAUGCGUUAUCAAAAUCCAGUGAACAUUUUAAUAACAACGAAGUGAAAAAAAGUUACUUGGAACAAGUUAAAAUGUAUUACGCGAACAGGAAGUUACCUGUAAUGUCACCAUAUACGCGGGCGGUCGUGGAUAGAAUAAAAAAGCUUAUAAAAGAGAGGCAGUUUUUGAUGUCAGUUGGACAUCCUUCGUUGCAUUCGAAGUAUAAAGUUGCACACAAAUACGAAAUUAUUGAAAAAAAUGGUGAAGAAAUAUUAAUUUGUAAAAGAUUGCUGCCGGAUGAUCCUAUUGUUCAAAUCGUGCCAGCGGAAGACUGUUUUGCCAUUUUGGUCGAUGCUCAUUUAGAAACUAAACACGGAGGAAAAGAGAAAAUGUUGAGCACAAUAAAAAAAGGCAACUACGUCGUGCCAAAAACUAGCAUCGACUUUUUAUUGGCCGUUUGUAAAGUUUGCAACCUCAACGGUAGAAUAAAUAGACGAGCUGAUGAAAGGAUACCUCAAAUAUUUAAUUCUAGAGGGCAAGUAAGUUUAGUAGACAUGACUGAAGAGCCAGAUAAUCAAUUUAAACAUAUUUUGUGUUACAUAGAUAGGUUCACAAGUUUCAUGCUUUUGCGACCGCUCAUGACAGACACUGUACAAGAGACAGCCAUGGAAUUACUGAAGAUAUUCUUCGAUUUUGGACCACCAGAGAAACUAGAGACGUACAAUAGACCCUUCUUCAACCAAGUGAUGAGCAUAAUAAACACUGCACACAGUGUAUUCAAUAUAAGUCUGGUGUUGCCAGUGAAAAUGCCAGUUAUUACUCCGUUAGAUGUAAUAGCAAUGCUUCGAGAAUGGCAAUCUGAGACUGGUAGCGGCAAUUGGGCUAUGGGAUGUUAUAUGGUUCAAUGGAAUAAUAACUCUGAAAUGAGUAUCAAUAAACCAUCGCCAUAUUCAUCUGUAUUUAAACGUCCCUUUGCUGGAAAAGGUAAAGAAGAUAAACGACAAGGAAAUGAGAAGCCUGGAGAAAAUAGGUUAAAUAACGAAAGUGCUACUGUCACUGCUCCUCGUCUAACCUCUAGAGAUGAUAAUAGUCAAUCAAGUUCUUCCACAAUACUAGAUGGUGAUAGUGAGGAAGUUUUAAUUUUGCAAGAAGAGAAUGGCAUCAGCGAAGAUGAUGAAGAUUGUUUGAUAACGAUAACCGAGGCCCCUAAUGAAUCUGCAUCAAUACUGCCUCAACUACCUUUAACAACUGAGUCUAAUUCGAAAAACGAACCUAAUCAUAUACCUAAUAUCCUUAAAAAGAAGCGUCUGGAAGACGGUAAUAAUAUAAAAGUAGUUAACGUGAAUGAGCCGCUACUUGUUUUAUCACCAUUCGAAAAUAUUGCGAACGCAAUAAACAGUAAUAAUAUUUUAAAAGAGCAAAAGCAAGAUGAAAGCAAAAAAUCGCCAAAACCUUCGAACAAACGGUGUCAUGUUUGUAAAACUGAAAUAAAAACAGCCUACAUAUGUACCAAAUGUGUUAGAAAUGUGCAUUUAUUCUGUUCUGAUAGAUUAUUGCAGCCUAACAUUUCCCCAGACGUUUUAAGUGUAACGUGUACCUCAUGUACGCUCACGAAAAGGAACGAUAAGGUGAAACGCAAAUACGACGAGAUUGAUACCGAUAUUAUAACGAUUAAAGACUGAAAAAUCACAAUUUAAAUUAACAUCCAAAGAAACAUGCAGGUGUUAAUAAUUUCGUUUUUUUUAUUAAGUAUUUUACUACUUCAGAAUGACAAUGUAUGAUUUCGUCCUACCUACAUUCCUUAAUUUUUGAUGGCGGACCAAACAAAUAAAAUGGUCACCCUACUGUUGAAAGAUGUCCCAUGUAAUAAAAGAAAGAUAUGGAAUGAACGCAUCGCGUGCGUCGACGGCGAGGAAGCAACUACUUCCAUCUCUUUCUCUCUGCCGAUAACCCGCGCGCCGCGCCGCGCCGUUGCCGCUCCGACUGAGCAUUCUGCCUGACAACAAGCCAUCAAUAGCAAGUUGCAAGGACGCGCUUCACAACAAUUAUCUAGUAUAACUGGAUCCCGAGAUGAAUAACAGCUAUGCGUCGUUGAAGGUAUGAGUUAUACUGGUCAUUUGGCAUCGUAUCAUAUCGUUGUAAAUAGGCAGGCGCUGUGUAAUUGAUUGCGCGAGCGCAGUAGAGUCAAGCGCCAUAAGUCUAGUGUCACCUGACUUUCAAAGCUCUAACAAGUGUGCGUAAUCGAAGAACGCUCUUAGACUGGUUUUUGUGCAUUCGGCUCGCACGAGCCCAGUAAACAUUUGGAAUGACAAUGCUGAACAAACUUAUCUUUGCGAGUAACAAUGUCGCCACCGUCGAUGAAGCGCAAAAGUGCAGUUAUUCGAUGCCGUUAGUUCCAAAUUUGACCACUCGAUUAAGAUUAGUUUGUAAUUGUACGGACCGCUAGUGAAUGAAAGUGUUGCAUGUGUUAAGGAAUAUUGUUAAUUUGUUACGAAUUUAAUAGUAUUUUAUAUAAGUACGUUUCUAAUACCUAGUUGUUGAAUGUUUAAGUAGAAGAUUGUGAAUUGAUACCUACACAUUGUUGUCAUAAGAAAU